ACUUCCGUGCGGCCAAUACAAGAAGCGGUAGCCAACCCUUCACCGUGUAGCAAGACCGCUACAAGUGUCUGCUCAACCUGCCAUCUCGUUUCAAGUAAGAGAGCUAUAUAAUUCAACUAUCAUCUGAAUUGCCAACAUCCUACUUGGAAACUCAACCUAACAAAAUCCAUCACAGUACUGCAGCAAAGAAUGUCUAUGCGCACACGGGAGAGUCCACAAAUCCGACUGCCGAUCUUCCAUAACGAAAACAAACCUGGAAGCCAGCCUGGGAAGUCGAGAAGCGAGCGCCCAGCUUCAUAGCUGGCAACAAUGCCCCACUCAUGUCAUCUCAUGGACAGCGCAAGAACCACUGGGGAAAAGCCCCUGCUUUCUAUAUCUUGAAUCUCAAGCAGAAUGAGGGACUGGAUAUUUCUGCCGAUUUAAGAUUGUUCUUCGCAGCUUCCGGAGACUUGAGAAAUGUCGUCAAGACAGUCACGGAGUUCCGUUUGGCUUGGCUCUCGGAAAAUGUCUCUCUGUGGCCUCGACACAUUUGAGUAGUUGUAAGCGCG